CCAUUAUCACAUAGCGAUUCGACGUCAGUCUUCAGUGAGUACGAGUCGCGUGUAUAGAUAUUGAGGGACAUCUGUUUCUAUCGCGCUUCACGAAUAUCCAUUUUUCCGAUUUUUUUUAAGUCGUGUGUUAAUUAUGUUUCCAUCUACACUCCGUACCGUUCUACACCGCACACAACAGAAACUGACUACAACGUGCCAAUUACAUUUAUAUGCAUCGCGUCUUCAACACUGCACAGGUCCACUGACACAGUUUACAGACGAUGAACUUAUGACGAAGGAAAUGGUCGCUAAACUGGCUAAGCAGGAGAUCGCUCCGCUCGUACGAAAGAUGGAAAGGGAAGGAAAGAUAGACGACAGCGUGUUUCAAAAGCUAUUCAAGAACGGCUUGAUGGGUAUCCAAAUCCCGACGGAAUACGGUGGAACGGGAAGUAACUUUAUGAGCACAAUUUUAACCAUUGAGGAAAUCUCCAAAGUCGACGCGGCAGUAGCCGGAUGUGUCGAUAUUCAUAACACUUUGGUAAAUUCACUUAUUCUUAAAGUUGGAUCCGAAGAACAAAAGCAAAGGUAUCUACCUAGACUGGCUCAGGAUUCCGUAAGUAGUUUCUGUCUAUCAGAAUCUGGUUCAGGAUCGGAUGCUUUCUCUUUGAAAACUGAAGCGAAGAAAGAUGGAGACGAAUACGUGAUCAACGGUACGAAAAUGUGGAUAUCGAAUUCCGACGUAGCGCAGAUUUUCAUGCUUUUCGCCAAUGCGGAUCCUACCGCCGGUUAUCGCGGCAUCACGACCUUCCUCGUGGACCGUGAUACACCAGGUCUGACGGUGGGCAAGUGCGAGGACAAGUUGGGUCUUAAAGCAUCAGGCACCUGCAUGGUAUACUUCGACAACGUUAGGAUACCCAAAGACAAUCUGUUGGGAAAGUUCGGACAUGGAUAUAAGUACGCGGCUGGAUUUCUGAACGAAGGUAGAAUCGGUAUUGGCGCGCAGAUGAUUGGGAUAGCGCAGGGAUGUUUAGACGCGACCAUACCGUAUACGUUGGAAAGGAAACAAUUUGGACAGGAAAUUUUCUCCUUCCAAAGCCUACAGCACCAAAUAGCUCAGGCGAUAACGGAAUUGGAAUGCGCCAGAUUGCUCGUUUACAACGCGGCGAGAUUGGUGGAAACUAAAAAGGACAUCAUGAAGGAAGCGGCUAUGGCGAAACUUUUCGCGUCCGAAACCGCGUGUCGUAUCACCGCAAAGUGCAUAGACUUUAUGGGAGGUGUCGGCUUUACGACCAAUUUUCCUCAAGAAAAAUAUUAUAGAGAUGUAAAAAUUGGUACUAUUUACGAGGGUACAAGUAAUAUGCAGUUAUCAACGAUUGCGAAAUGUAUUCGCAAGGAAUAUUCAUAAAUAUGAUAAUUAAAAAAAGAGUAUUCCUAAAAUUAUGAU